AUGUCACUGUCUGAUCCUACGGCCAAAAGUAUAAAGGUUUCGGUUGCUAUCACCCGCAAAAGUCCGGACAAGUCGAGUGAAACUAAGCAAGUUAGCUAUAAUGGUCCGCUCAAACUUCCACACAACAAAAACUCCAUUACGAUUGUGAUGGUUGGAGAAACUGGAUGCGGCAAGACUGCAUUCAUGUCCCUACUCCAGAACCUAUUCCAAGGACGCAGUGCACUUGAACUGGAAGACCUCCACGAUAAAACUACGGACUCAAACCUCAAAAAGAGCUGUAGCCAGACAGAAAAAACCAAGUUGUACGAAUUCAAGACUCCGGGUGGUGGGUUUACUAUUCGGAUGCUUGAUACACCUGGGCUUGGUGAUUCGCGCGGACUGGAGCAAGAUAAGAUUAAUCAGAAAGAUAUUACUAAUGAAAUAUCGAAAUUAGGGACAAUUGAUGCGGUAGUUAUUAUGUCAAAUGCUACUACAGAACGACUUGGACCAGUCACAGCCUAUGCACUCCAAAUUCUGGUGACUAUAUUUCCCCGUUCUGUUCUACACAACAUUGGGUUCAUUUUCACGCACACAAGACCUUUAUCAUUCAACUUGUAG